UGUUUUUUCGCUAUGCCCCCCUCCCCUUUUCCCGUUCUUGCUCCUCUAUUCUGGUUCCGCCUUUUUUUGUCUUUCUACUUACGGGGCUGAGGAAUUAUUCUAUCUGGACGAGCUAACCAGACAUUUGUUUUUCUACUUUGAUUUUCUUUUUGUGUCCUCUAAUCCUUCCCUAUGGUUGACUGUAUGGUCAAGGUGGGCUUGGGACUUCAACACUAUUCGUUACAUGACCACAUCUCCAAUACCCCUUUUUUUCUUUUCUUCUCCGAUUCUUUGGAUAUGUUUGCGGCACUCGCUUAUCUUUGUUUCUUUUUGUCUAGCUGUCUAUCUUGGUUCGCGUGGGGGCUGUUGACUUGUGGCGGCAUGCUUCCUUUCCCCACUUUGUAUUGUGUAGCAUUGAACAUGUUUCUUCCCUCCUGUGGAGGAGAGAAGCAACCCUGGAAAUACAUACUUCUGAUCCCGAGGCUUUGUUUAGAUAUGGCAAUGGUGAUUGCGAUGUUGAUACAGGCAAGCAAGUAAUGUUUUUGAAUGCAUUCUUAUUUGCAGGCUGUACUGUUGAGUUUGUUAGAAAUAAUUAGAUAACUUCUUAU